AUGAACCCAAGUUCCAUGAAUCUCAACACAGUUGAACCUCUCACGGGUGUCAACUAUAAGAAGUGGAAACAGGAUUUAGAGAUACUUUUGGGUGUCAUGGAUAUGGAUUUGGCGCUAAGAACUGAAGAACCACCAACGCCAAAUGAAGGAUGCACUUCGAUCCAAAGAUCCAAGCAUGAAAAGUGGGAGAAGUCAAACAGAAUAUGCCUCAUGAUAAUCAAAAGGUCCAUGACUGAUGUAGUUCGUGAAGGCUUUCCAGAAGCAACUAAUGCAAAGGAGUUCAUGAAAUCGAUCGAAGAGAAGUACAAAGAAUCUGGAAAAACAGAAACUGGGAACUUGAUGAACUUGCUGACAACUAUCAGAUACGAUGGUGAAGGGAGUGUCCGUGAGUACAUUCUCAAGGUUAUGGACAUUGCAGGGAAGCUUAGAAUACUCGAGGUACCUAUUUCUGAAACAUUUUUGGUCCAUGUCAUCAUGAAUUCCUUGCCUAGUUCUUAUACUCAGUUGAAAGUAUCCUAUAAUGCACUGCAAGCAAAGUGGGAUGUCAAUGAAUUAAUAUCUAUAUGUGUGGGUGAGGAAGUGAGGAUUAAGAAGGACAGGGCUGAAAAGGAAAAGGGUGAGUCGGUGUAUUUUGUUCAAGACAGGCCAUAUGAAGAGAAAUUGUCUUAA